AUGAGUACAACCAGCUUGAUCAUCUUCAAUAAUUUUGUUAAUGAAAUCGGUCCGGUUGGCAUCCCUCUUCAAGAUGAUUUGUAUAUGUGGUGUAAUUAUCGUGAGCAUCAGUCUUUCGUCCAUUUCGACCGGUUUUUAUUUUCUCCGGAGUUCAUCUUGGCUUUCCCUUCUCUUUCUCAAACGAUGCUGGAUAAAUCCAUUUCAGAUCAUAAUGCAGUGCUGCUUUGUGAGGAUAUGAAGAACUUGGGCUUUAAACCGUUUAAAUGCUUCAACUAUUGGUUUGAGGAAGCUAAUUUUGAUCAGACUGUGGUUGAUUCAAUUAAGUUCUUGAAGCAAGCAAAUAGUCGAGUGAGAACCGAUUGCCUGCUAAGGGGAGCGAAGGUCGCAAUUCAAAAAUGGUCCCAUGGUGUUAACAAGAAUUUUAGAGCAAAUAUUAUCAAUAUGGAACAGAGAUUAACUACCUUGGAAGCAGACUUACAAGAAAAUGGUUAUCAUCCUAACGUAUUAAAUGAUAUCAAGUGCACCAGAACUGCUCUUUGGAAAGAAUAUAGGAAAGAGGAGAGAGCCUGCUGCCAGAAAUCUAGAGUAAAAUGGAUCUCAAACAGUGAUUGA